AUGGACGGAGAGAAGAAGGGAAAGAGGAAGUACUACUUUGGCGAGGACGGUGUAGGCGUCUGGCGGCCCGGGAUGGAGGUCGGCAACUUCAUGGUUGAUGGUGUCGCAGCAGGCGCGAUGCUGAAGCAUGUUUUGCGGGAGCGGCUCGCGCUCGAUCCCUCGGAGCAUCCGCUGAUGCUGACUGAGCCGGCAUGGAACACGCCGAAAGCGCGCGAGGAGCUCACGCAGCUCGCGUUCGAGGGCGAGGGCGUUCCGGCGCUCUACUUUGGUUCGUCGGGUGUGCUGUCCGCGUUCGCUGCCGGAAAGCCGACAGCUCUCGUGCUCGACAUUGGUUAUGCGAACGCGUCUGCGGUCCCGGUUGUCGACGGCUACGCGCUUCGUGCCGGCACGAUGCGGCAGCCGCUGGCUUCCUCGCUGGUGCUGAACCAGCUGCACCACCACUUCAGCAACCCGACGCCGACGCGUGAUUUCGGUCUCUCGCUCCUGCCGCGACAGCUCGUGAAGCAGCGCGACACGACGGGCGAGGCGGGUGCGCAGCCCAAACCGGUGGUGCGCGACGACCGCGUGCAGGGUACGACGCCGUCGUGGCGCGCGUGGGCGGAGCAGGGCGUCGUCGACCAGUGGAAGGAGGCGUGUGCCGAGGUCGUGUCUGCGCGCGGGUUCGACUUCCAGUCCGCCCGCGACCUGCCCCAGGUCGUUUACGAGUUCCCAGACGGAUACCACCAGUACUUUGGCGAGGAGCGGUACCGCUUCACCGAGAUGCUGUUCGACCCCAAGAACUACUUCAACCAGAGCAUCGAGCCGCCCGCGUCGCUCCGCGCGACUCCGAGCGGGGAGCACUCGCACUCGCUCAAGGACGUCGUGUCGCUCAGCCAGCUCGUGCACGACUCGAUCAUGGCGUGCGACGUCGACGUGCGCGCCGCCCUGCUGCAGAACAUUGUCGUCGUCGGCAACACGAGUCUGACCCGCGGCCUCGUCGAGCGUCUGGACGUGGAGCUCGCGACGCUUCUGCCUAGUGUGAGUGGAGCGAGCGAAGCGAGCGUGCCGAGCGCCAGCUCAGCAGAGCUGACGGCUGUGUAUCAGCUUGGCGGAGCGGCGGAGCACGCGCUGAGCGUCAGCUCAGCGGAGCAAAAAGCUCUUUAUCGUUCAGCGCAGCUCGCCAUCUGUCCACAGCAGCUUAAAGGUGACCUGCGAAGCUAA